GGGUAAUGUCUUGGUACCAUUUUGUACCAAGGACGAGAUAAGAGCUUUGUUUAGGAGACCAAACUGAACGAUAAUUUAUAGCCAACUCUGUCUUCUUUGGGGAUACUCCUCUGAAGUAAAGUAUUUUCUUUGUGGAAGUUCCUAAGACCUGUGUUUUGUCAUGUCGUCUUGAGAGGGGGUGGAUCUUUGCUAUAAAGGAACCCAUUUGCCAUUAUGUUGGGCACUCUCAACUUUUCAUUAGAGAUACUGAACUGUUGAAAGUCAAAAUGCUAUUGAAAAAGCUUAAUUAUUAUUAAAGGUGAAGAUUAAGCAUAACUCUGACUCGUGUGUGAUUUGCUCUCUCAUCAUUUGGUAAUUAAGGAAAUUUCCACGACAUUUGGCGACGGGGAUAGGAUGUGAAUCUUCACUCGGUGACCGCUCCUGAUGACCUAGGUAAUCGUGCACAAGGGAUCCCUCAAACUCGGGAUCUCAGGGAGACCACACUUCAAGAACGGAGCAGAUGGACCAACCUAAGAUCGGAGAGGCAGCGAGCCGAGUGGAUACCACAUCCCGAACAUAGUAAAAAAAAGAUUUAAAAAAAAAAAGAGGUGAGAUGAGCAAACCACAUUUGAAGUUGAGUUGGAUAGGACUUAGAGCUUGGUGAAGCCCUAGUGGAAGAAGGACCUCAUUCUGUGUAUCUGUGUGAUUGUCUAAGUGACUCUCAGAGGUGGUGAAUUCCAAUUAUUUUAAAUGUGCUAGCCAGGUAUGCCCUGGGUUACUCUGUGUGAGUAUUUUGUUAGGAGCGUUCUGUGUGGGCGCGGUAGGUUGAAUCUGUGUGGGUUACCUUUUUAUGUUCUGAUGUUCUGUGUGGACAUCUGACCAGUUCUGUGUGAGCAUCUGACCAAUCCUGUGUGGGUGAUCAGUAAAAUUCUGUGUUAAGUACUUAAGGAAUUCCUGUUUAAAAAAAAAUCUCUCCCUGUGUGUGUGUGUGUGUGUGUGUGUGUGUGUGUGAGAGAGAGAGGGGGAGUGAGAUUGUGUGUGUGAGACUAAGGAGCCAUGGGCGCGCGCGAGUGCAAAGAACCAGGCAUUCCGGACCCUCCGACUGGAGCCUUGAAGGUUAUGGUAGAUAAAUGGGGUAGGGAUAUUCUGGAACAGGUACUUCUAUGGCAUAGAGAGGGUGGUUUUCCUUUGACAGGGACACUAAGUGUGACGCUGUUAGAUGAGGUAAGACAGAGAUUGGUAGAGAAGGAAGGUAAACUAGGAAAAAAGGAUCAAAUUGACUGGGUGAAAUUCAGGAAAUGGGAAAGGGAAGCUGACAGACGGAAGAAAAGACAGGACACAUUUUGGGGAAAACCCUGUCAGAAUAUGGUAGUUCAGACUGAGGAAGGAGAAAAGAAGGGGAAAGAUGAAACAGUGAGAAGGAAUAGGAAGGAUGAUGGAUGACAGAGACUGUCCCCCUCCCUACUGUACUCCUCAAACUCUCUACCCAGUGUUGCCGGACCUCCCUCCUCCUCAGGCGCCUCCUGCUGAUCCGCUGGAUGCAAGACCACUACAACCUGCAACCCCACCCCCUGUCUCUCCCAACACCACGGUGAUUGAUCGUCUGGCACGGAGCCUGGCUGAAGUCCUGACAGGGCCUGGAGUGACUCCGGCCAGUCUCACUGGAGGCGCAGUGGGGGGAGCACGCCAGAAAGGAAAAAAAAUCAACAAUCCUUUUCUCAAGGCUCCUCCACUCAGCUCCAGUGAGGACGGAGGGGCACCCCAGCUGACUCCCCCGUUGAAGGACUGUCUAUGGACCAGGACGGAGAGGCGUGUCUCUACCCCCUUCCAAUACGACCCAGCAUCAGACAUGUAUCAUCAAUACCCUCUGAUGGCCUGUCCUAACCCUCAGCCUCGACCUGAUGAUGCUAAUGCUGCUGCCGCCGCAGCAUGGAACCCCAUUGUGUAUGUCCAGAGGACGUGGAGACAUGAUGAAAUCAAAGACAUUGUAGAGGACCUAGUAGACCCAAGUAAGGACGCUGUGAAAUAUUCAGCAGAGAUGAGGGUAUUAGUGGGUCAGUACAAACCAUCUGCUGCUGAGAUAGCCCAUAUCUGUAAAAAUAAACUGGGACUCAGGUGGAUGUACAGGGACAGUUUGAUUGCAACUACCUGUGGGCUGAGAAUGGCGCAUAUCAGGACCAGAUAACGGCGCUGCUGGUCAGGAUUGUGGAGAUGUAUCCAACUAAGACUGACUGGACUGCUAUCAGAGAAUGCACUAUGAAGAAAGAUGAGGGCCUGGAGGCUUUCAGAAAGAGACUUGAGACCUGUUUCAGGCUACACAGCGGUAUCAGACCAAACAAACAUGCAUAUGGGGAUCUGCUGAAAGACGCCCUAGUGAGGGGUCUGACACCGGACCUGGAGAAAGCUGCCUACCUGCAUCAGUUGGGAGACUGAGCCAUUAGCAACGGUGGUACAGCACUGCUAGCAUGCUGAGAGACAACAGAGUACUCAGAAGGAAGAAAAAAUAAAGGAAGAAAAAGUAAAGACACAGAAACUACAGGCUGCCCAGAUGACGUUUUACCAGGAAGCAGCCCCAGCAGGGACAGGACGAGGGGCUGGAGUGCGCAGGUGCUACAACUGUGGGAAGCCGGGUCAUUUUGCUGCUGACUGCUCUGAGCCAACGAAUCCACAGAGGAACAAAGACAGGGGCGGACCGAGAAGAGGGGCCCGAGAGGAGGGGGCAAGAAGAGGAGGAAAAGGAGCACAUGCAUGGACAGCCCCAUUCCAACAACAGCCGUGGCAGCCACCUCCCAAGCAAUGGCAGGUCAGGCCACCUCACAGGGUCCAGCAACAGCAACAGUGGGGACCACAAGGAGUCCCUCCAGGCAGAGGACAAACUGGAGCCUGGCAGACGGGGCCGCCGGCACAGACGACCCUGUACAAUCCAGGACAGGGAGGAGGAGUAUUGACAUGAUGAGAAGACAGGGACAGUUGUGCUAAAAUCCUCAGAGCAACAAGAGCAUUUGUUUUUAAAGUGUCACACCCUUCCGAGAGUAGAGCCAACAGUGGAGGCUUGCGUCAAUGGGUGAAAGCGGCUCUACCCCAGCCACUGGUGGGGAUCCUGCACAAACUGCAACCAGGUGACUGGGUGGUGGUGAAAGACCUGAGACGAAAGCAUUGGAACCAGCAGAGGUGGACUGGACCAUACCAGGUGAUGCUGAUUACCCCCACUGCUGUUCGCGUAGCUGAGAGGUCUACUUGGAUCCACACCAAUCACUGCAGGAAGGUGCUAUACUGCCCACCAGACCCUGAGGAUGGAGGACCAGAGAUGCCGGAAGUCACCGACUAGAUGGGAGGAUCAGGCCCAGACUCUACGCAUCAUGUUUCUUGCUCUGGUCUUGAGCAUUCUCAUUACAGUUGCCAUAUGGACUGUGACUCAAGGACAACCGGUCCUGGAAAGACAACAUGGUACGAACUCGACUGAUAAUCGUUCAGUCCCACUGCGGGACUUGAAUAACAGCCACUCCAGCUCGAGCCAACGGGAGGCUCAGGACAGGAGUCCAGCAAACAAUAGCCGCUCCCAUAUCGAAAGAAGAAGAAGGUCAAUGCAUCCACUGGAUGAGCAUCACAGUAGGAAUCACGAGGGAAACACUUGGUGGUCACUGCUUAACUAUACAGUAAAGACUGAACUGAUGUUAGGAAAUACCUACUGUUAUGUAUGUAGCUUGUUUCCACAUUCAGCGAUCUCCCCAUUCUUACAGUAUUCAGUAGAGGUCAGCAUUAAAGACACUCUAUGUGCACUAGAGGCGCUCUUGUCCAAUGAGAACACAUGGGGUCAACCUUCACUAGGUAGAACACUGAGGGAUAAAUGCAUUAAUGGUAAUUUGUCAUCAACAAAAUAUUUACGGGGGGGAUUUGAUUGUUCACAUUGGUGUAGUAGAAUAAUCUUAGAACCUAGAUCCCGUGUACCAGAACCUAUUAAAGUCCAACCCCGGCGAACCCCAUUUAGGACCUGUCAUUGUCACAAUCCAAGCAAUAUUUCCAUACCACAAUUGAAUGAAUCCUAUCUGGGAAUGUCAACAUGUGUCAAUUAUAGUGUUUUCCCAAUAGGAUGUAGCUGGAAGAAGGGAACAUGCUGCUCUGGAUACCCCAUUAGACUGAGGGUGGGACACACCAUUAUUGAUGCUGAAACUGACAAUCGUUCUCCUCAUCAAUUUGGCUCGGCAACAUUUACUGAUCAUUAUUGGAUUUGUGGUGAUAAAGUUUAUCUCUACCUACCCACAAAUUGGACAGGGUGCUGUAUUUUUGGUAAACUAAACAUCUCCCUUGUGGUAAUGCAUAAAACUAAUUCCUCUAUUCCAAGCAGGUUAAGACUAAUUAAGAGGGACAUCUCGCAGUACAAUAAUGUCCCUAGUGACUCUCGACGAUCCUCAAAAUUAGAAAGGUUAUGGCGUGGUUUAAUCCCCUGGUAUGGGGCAUCGGAGAAUGCACAUGAGUUGGAUAGGCUAGGAUAUCAUUUGGAAUCCCUGGUAAAUUUGACCACUGCAGGGUUUUCUAUGAUAAGACCAUAAUUACAAGCCACUCAACUCAUGGCAACACAAAAUAGGGUGGCACUUGACAUGUUGCUAGCACGUGAAGGAGGGGUGUGUCAAAUUAUAGGAGAUCACUGUUGUACAUUUAUACCCCAGGGAGAUGACAAUUUGACUAUUGUAGUGGAACAUUUGAAAGAGCUUAGGGGUGUUCUCGAAAGGGAACACCAGCCUGACAUCAACUGGAAUCCGUUAGGAUGGGUUCAGUCAGUGUUUGGUGCUUGGGCUGCGACAAUUUUCCACUGGUUAAUCUAUCGUCUAAUAUUACUGAUUGCUCUGUUGCUAAUUAUCAUUUGUGUAAAGAAAUUGUUUAAUAAAGUGGUUGAUGUUGUUCUUACUAUGCCCUUGCUUGCAAAUGAAGUAGGUAUAGGUGAGGAAUCUGAGAUUGAUGGUCAACAAUCAGGUGAACACAGUGAAAUAUUCUCACUGGACAGUGUAGAUAGAGAGGGUUCACUGUAUAUGAAUGAUUUCCCUGACCUAUUCCCUAUUCCUGACUAUAUCUCUGAUAGUGGGGAACCCAAUUCUAAGCAUGAGGAUUUAGAGGGAUGACUGUCCUAUAGGUUGUAAUGAUGCCUGUGUUUAGACAGGGUUUCUCUUGUAAUUUUGGGAGCAUUUAUAUGUUUUGUUAUUUUUAUUUUUACUCAACAAAUGUAUUAUUCUAUAUGUUUAAACAGGUGCAAGUCUGUAUUAUGGUAUAAACAUUGUAAACUUUCUGAAGGGUGAAUAAUUACAUUGAAGGG